AUGGUCAGAGCCAAGAAGAAGAAGGCGUUCUCGAACACGCUCAAACGAUGGCACAUCUGGGUGCAGUGGGAGGGAAGGAGUGAGGAGGCAUACAAGGCCGACGUUGACUUCUGCCUGCGUCACUCGGCGACCGUGGUGGACGAAGUGAGCUUGAGCAAUGUCGUCGUUGUUGAGCUGGCUGUACCUCAUGUGCACCCCUAUGUUCAUGUGUGCGUGACUCGACACGGCUUUGGCCUCGACGGCCUUGUCUUCAAGUUCGCGGACCUUGAGGAGUCGCCUGCUGCCGACCAGGGUGGGACAAACUUCCCCGGCGAAGACGGCACCGCUGCCGAUGUCGGCGAGAAGACCGACGAUGUCGAGGAAGGAGGAGAGGAAGACGUGGAUGCGGACCUCGAGUUCCUGUCGCCGCCGUCGUCGCCGAUGGAGCGCCCCCGUCAGGUGCUUGUGGAUGCCGCCUGUCUGCGUGACUUCGUCGCUCGGACGAUCCGGAUGGACGGUGUGCAGCCGUACGUCUUGGACAGCACCGACAUCGUCCGUGCCCGCACCCCAACCGUCUGGCUGCAGGACGACUCAACCUCCGACAACAGCCACCCCUCCAUCGUCGAGUGGAUUGCCCGCGUCGGCGACUCACAAACGUCAACAACUGAGUCCGGUCCGAUCACACCACCACUUGUCGAGGAGCUCUCGGUCGGUGGCAUCCCGCACGCUGUCCAGGGUGUUGAUGCUGCGACAUUCACCACUCCGGUUCAGCCAGCGGCCGGUGAUACGCCCGCGCCUGCAACGGCUGAGACGACAUCGUCGGCAAGCUCGGCCUCUGUCACUUUCGAGUCCAUGCUCCAGGAGGAGCUCGACAACGAGCAUGAUGUGUUUGGUCCCAACACCAUGGCUCCCAAACGGGCUCUCUCCAGCUCCAGUGGCUCAAGCAUCGCGACGGAUUCACGCCGUCCACAGAAACGACCCAGGAUGUGCUGGCGCAAACGUCGUGCCCCUCAGAAGGAGGAUGUGGGAGGUAGGGAGGGCGAGGAAGGGGAGGACACAACUACCGCAGGCGGUACGGCCGCAGUCUUAGUUGUUGGCCAGAGCGACGAGGAGGAGGACGAGUUUGCCGACAACGAGGAGGAGGAGUUUGCCGACAACGACGACGAGGAGUUUGCCAGCGACGACGACGAGGAGUUUGCCAGCGACGACGACGAGGAGUUUGCCAGCGACGACGACGAGGAGUUUGCCGGCGACGACGACGAGGAGUUUGCCAGCGACGACGACGAGGAGUUUGCCAGCGACGACGACGAGGAGUUUGCCGGCGACGACGACGAGGAGUUUGCCAGCGACGACGACGAGGAGUUUGCCAGCGACGACGACGAGGAGUUUGCCGGCGACGACGACGAGGAGUUUGCCAGCGACGACGACGAGGAGUUUGCCAGCGACGACGACGACGAGGAGGAGUCUGCGGACGAGGAGGAGCUCAUGCUGCUCAGUGGUAUCACCUUAAAUGGGACGAUUUAUCUUUCUACCAAGAGGUCAUCCGGUCCUUUAAUGCAGCGGGUAGCGGCUCACGGAAACGUUAGAGCAACUCUUGACAUCACCAAGCGUUGGUUUCUGCACCGAGCGGGUUCGGUUCGCCAGAGUGCCAAGCAGACUCCUGAAGCUUUUUGCGCGCUCGGAGAGGGUCCGGCUACGGACGGCGGUAUAGACGGCUGGGACGGCUACCAACGGUGA